AUGCCACGCAGAUACAACGUCCGGUUCGCCCCAACCACGCAGGUGUCUGUCGACAAACCCAUCGCUUGUGAUAAGUGUGGCCAAUAUUCGGAGAUAGGCGCUCUUCCCCAGAGAAGUCGUUCCGGCUGUAAGGACUGCAAGAGACGACGGGUCAAAUGCGAUGAGACAUUCCCCGUUUGUCUCCGAUGCCAGAAACGAGGGACGGUGUGCGAGUCGGAAAGUUCGUUACCACAAUGGCAGUUGGAAAUUUCUCCACUAGUUUCGCGCGGCAUUACCUCGCCUUCACAGAUGCGUCUACUGAGGCACUGGUGUGAGAAAGCCAGCCAGAUCAUGGUUUUGGACCCUGAAUCCAAUCCUUUCUCGUUCCAAAUCCUUGCAUAUCUGGAUAUUUCCCCAUCGCUCAUGCCAUCUAUCCUGAGCGUCAGUGCGGCCCAUGAACAGUUUUUCAGAAAGGAAUGCCUUGAGACAUGUCUUGAGGAGCGAGGCAAAGCGCUGUUGCUUCUGCAAAAGGAGCUGGGUGGUAAACAGCCACAUCCAACUACGUUCUUUAGUGUCUUUAUGCUUGGAAUUAGCACCCCUUGGAUCGAUCCCUCGUCUUCCCAGUUCGGGUAUGAGCACCUGACUGGAGGAAGGGCUUUAAUUGAGCUAAUUAUAAAUUCAUCGACAAAUACCGACCGCCAAUUCGCACAGUUGGCUCUUGGCACAUAUUUAUACUGGGAUAUGGCGUGCUCAUUUCUUUGUGAACCAAGUCAACAAUCCCAAAUCAGCUCGUCGAUUCCAGAGGCAGUGGCUAAGAUUGCUGGAGACUUUCAUCCGAUUAUGGGCUACUCGGCUGAGAUCAUGUAUACUCUAGCGAAUCUAGGGCGAUACUGCAGGUCAUUCAUUGAGCUCGGCACCAGAGACUUUGCGCUAGAAGAAGAAUCCGAAGCACGGUUGCUGGCGUGGCAACCAACUACCAAAUGCACAGAACUCAUGCUGCUGGGUAAUUCUUUCCGAAACCAUGGCCUGAUCAAUCUGUACCGAAUCUGUGGACGAACAGGUGGUCGGACUGAGGAAGACUUAGACAUGGGAAAUUACCCGCCUGUCCAGGACAUCGAAACAGAGAAGAUCAUCAGGCAAUACGCUCUACAGACAGUCAGAGAUUUGAGCCAAAUCCCCACCCACAACUGGCAUACCAAUAUGCAGGCAAUUUCGCUUCUGACUGCAGGAUCAGAGCUUACGGCAUAUGAUCACAGGGAACGAGAUAUAGUGGUUGGCCGAUUUAAUGCUUUGUAUUCAAUCAACCGCUUACCCGGUAACCUCAUGGCGAUUGACAUUCUGCAAGAUGUUUGGCAAGCCCGUGACCUUGAAAUUCCUACCUCCUGGGUACACGUCAUGCUCCUACGAGGAUGGAGGUUAAGCCUUGGUUGA